AUCAUGUUGUUAACCCGUCACUUUCCUUUUCCGGCGAAUAAAGAUAGAAGAAAAACUUAACCCUAAAAAACCCAGACGACAUGGCGCUAACGUGUUCUCGCUCGAUCUCUUCCUUUUGCCUGAAACCCUAACUCCAGCGGGAAGGUUUUUUUUUCUGGUUUAAUGGCAGAUCAAGAGGAGGAUGACCUUCAAAUGGCUCUUAGAAUGAGCCUUCAACAAGCCCCUGAUCCCAAGAGGAGCAAGCCAAGAGAGAGCCUCGCUUCUUCUCCCGCCGUUGGAUCGUGGGAGAAACCACAGAUGGACGGCCACCCGCUGGAGAACUCACAGGUGGCUGGGAAAUCGCUGGAAAAGUCACACGUAGACGGAAUUUAUCAGGAAGAAUCGCCAGAAAGUAGGAAUAGGAGAGUGCAGAGAGAGCUAAUGGCGGCCGCUGCUGAGAAGAGGAUGAUGGUGGCGAGGAAUUUGAAGGAGGAGGAGGUCUCUGUUAGAAGGGAGUCAGUUGUACCUGAAAACCCUAGAAUUGAAACUGUUCGGAAAUCGGAUGAGGGGUUGGCCUUGUCCAAUGAAGAUGCUCAUCAACUGUAUUAUAUGGUUUUUGGGACUUCUGUUUCAAAAGAUAUUCUUGCGCAAUGGUGUAAUCAGGGUAUCAGGUUUAGCACUGACCCUGAAACUUGUAUGGGUCUCGUGCAACAUGAAGGGGGCCCAUGCGGUGUGCUUGCUGCCAUACAGGCAUUUGUCCUUAGAAACCUGUUGUUUUAUCCAGAUGAGUCAAGUAGUUACAAAUCCAACAUGCAACAUCAACACAAUUUUGGAUUGAGGAGAUUCUUACAAAUUCCACAUGAUAGACCAGAUAACGUUACUUCUCUAUCAGAAAAUGAAAAGGCAAGAGCCUUGGUUCUCAGUAUGGUGGAAAUAUUAUUUUUAUGUGGAAGCAAAAAGCAGGCUGCUAUAGCUACAUUAAAUGUCCUCAGCAAUAAUUCUGAAGAGAUUUGCAAAAGCGAUGAGAAAAUUGCGAAAGCUCUGGAAGGUCUCUCAAUGGAAUCGGCUUCAGACUUGCAGAAAGCUGUUAGGAUACACCCAUAUACAUCACAAAAAGCUGCUGUGCAACGAGUCAAGGAAAUGCUUCCUGUUUUUCAAAGUCGUAUGGGGGCAAUGCUUUUCCUCAUUUCAGCUCUACUCUCAAGAGGACUUGAGGCUAUUCAGUCUGACAGGGAUGAUCCUGGACUACCAUUGGUGACUGCUCCCUUUGGGCAUGCCUCACAGGAAAUUGUUAACCUAUUGCUUUGCGGGCAAGCUGUGCCAAAUGUGUUUGAUGGUAGCAUGGACCUGGGAGGUGGCAUGUCCCUUAAGGGCAUACCGACAAGUGUAGAAGUUGGGUUCCUCACUUUGCUUGAGUCUCUCAACUUCUGUAAAGUUGGGCAUUACCUCAAGUGCCCGAAGUGGCCCAUCUGGGUAAUUGGAAGCGAAUCUCACUACACAGUCCUCUUUGCCCUUGAUGUCAAUGUGCAAGAGGAAAACAAAUUGGAGGAGAGAGAAUCACGUAUUAGAAAAGCCUUUGAUUCCCAGGACCAAAGUGGGGGUGGAGGAUUCAUCAGCUCUGAAGCAUUUCAACAGGUCCUCAGAGAAACCAACAUCUCCAUUCCACCGGAGAAACUCGAAGCCCUCUGCAACUCUGGCUUCAUUGUGUGGAAUGAAUUCUGGCAAGUCUUACUACAACUUGAUGAGAGCUCAGGUGGCCUCAAGGACUCCACAGGGCUCAUGGGAAGGAGGCAAUUUGAUCUCUACCAUUUCAAUGGAAUUGCAAAGUCGGUUCAAAACAGUGGGUCACUCCAAGGGUCAGGAGGUGAGGCUCUGCAACAAAGACCAAGGCUCUCAAAAAUUAGGGUCACUGUGCCUCCAAAAUGGACUCCUGAAGAGUUCAUGUCUGAUAUGGUGGGGCCUUCCUCGAGCAGUGGGUCCAAUGUGUGUGAUGGAGUUGCAGAGGUGACCCAACCUGAUCCCCCACAGCAUGCACCCUUGGUUGAUUGUGUGCGCACUUGGUGGCCUAGAGCAGUUUGCAACUGGGUUGGGGAUCCACCAAGUAUUGUUUGAGAAGGGUUUUUCUUGACAUUGUUUAUUGCUUCUCCAAAAGCAAGAUACUGAAUUUUUAUAGGGAAAAAAUAUGAAGGGGUAUCUUUGAAUAGAGGAAUACAUGGGGAAACAGUGAUUCAGGGCAUGCGUACAUAGGUCCCAUUAGAGCUCAAAUUUUUGACAUGUGUGGCCAAGAGUCCUAGAAUGAUCUAUGCACACUCUGAUGAUGGCCCGGUGCAAUUGUUGUCCUGAGGGAAGAAGCACUAAGAUCAGAGGAGAUGAUUUUUUAUGUAUUUCAAUUUUAAAAAAUAUGUUUAUUGUGUAUGCUAGUGGGCAGCUGUUUUUUUUUUCUUUUUUUCUUUUUUCCCUCUAUUAAUGUGAAAUCAAGGCUUUAUGGCCUAAAACAGUUGUAUCAUCUAAUUUAGCUGGGGAGAUAUGAUAAUACUUUGUCAAGUGAAUGGCAGAAGACAUUUGGAGGCUCAA